UACGCUUGCCCUAGGUGCUGUUUACACUAGAUACGUAUUUGAUCGUCGCUCAUUUUCAAUAUUUUGUUUCUGACAGAAAGGACAGAAUAAGUAUCCUUGCCAAAGCCGGAAUGUUCGAUAGAAUAAAUAUUAAAGUUUUGGGGGUUCUAUUGUAAAAUCUAUCGACCGAAGGACAUGUUCCUUGCCGAUACCGGCGGCGUUUUAACUAGCCAAUUUUGUAAAAACGGCUAUAUUAAUGUAAAACGUAAUUCAUGGUUCGGUUUAAUAACUUUCCAUUUAAGAUAUUUAUCAUCAACGGAUAAAGGAAUACUCGGUAAAGAAAAGGCGGCCGUCAAGGAUUGCAAAACUUUAGACGAAAAACAAAUAAAGAAAACGAAAAUACAAGCGUUUCGCAUAUACCGAUGGAAUCCAGAAAAGCCAAAAGUAAAACCCCAUAUACAACAAUACAACGUGGAUUUAAUGAAUUGUACUGGUACCAUGAUAUUGGACGCUCUAAAUAUUAUCAAAGCAGAUCUCGAUCCAACUCUAUCCUUUCGAAGAUCUUGCCGUGAAGGAAUUUGUGGAAGUUGCUCGAUGAACAUCAAUGGUGUUAAUACUCUAGCUUGCAUCACAAAAAUAGAACAUUCAUCGAAACCGAUUAUUAUUUAUCCUUUACCACAUACCUACGUAAUCCGAGAUUUAAUUGUGGAUAUGACACAUUUUCUUAGCCAAGUUCAUUCAACUGAACCAUUUUUAAAACGUCCCGGAGAAGGCAGCUUUCUUGGUUUAAGACAAAUCUUACAGAGUCAGAGAGAUAGAGAUAAACUUAAUUCAUUAUACGAGUGUAUCCUUUGUGGAUGCUGUUCAUACUCCUGUCCUCCAUAUUGGUGGUUAGGGGAUAAAUAUUUAGGACCAGCUGCUCUUUUACAGGCAUAUAGAUGGAUAAUGGAUUCACGAGAUAUGGCGUACAAAGAGAGGCUUAGUAAACUAAAAGAUUUUUAUUCGGUUUAUCGAUGUCACACCAUCUUUAAUUGUACUAAAACAUGUCCGAAGGGUUUAAAUCCUGGAAAUGCAAUAGCUCAAAUAAAACGACAUCUUGCUGGACUUACGUCUAAAGAGGAAUCGGAUUUAGAAACACCAAUGCCGAAUCCUUGUCCUGAUGAAGAAGACAUUUACUCUUGUAGAAAGGAAUGAUGAAUAAUGCAAUAUCGAUGAUCCUCAAAUAAAACAGUUCAUGUAACAAUUUUAUUAUAAAAUGGUAUAUUUUAUAAAUGUGCUGUUUAAACACAUGUUUUUUGCAGGUUGAAUUAUAUAUUUUUUGGAUGUAUGAUAUACCAACUAUACUCAAGUAAAAACAAACAUAAAAAUAACGCAACAAAACAAAUUUAUUGUCACAUAUGCUCGUAUUCUAUUAUGUGAAACUUCGCUUAAAUUAUUUAUAAUGAAAUGAUACAAGAUAUUUUAUUACUAUGUCACGAUGAAAGAAAACCCACUAUAAAGUAGAUCAAACUUUUAAAUUAAUUAAAAAUAUAUGCAAAACAGAGAUAACAUAAGAUGUUAGAGAUAAAGGUUUCUUUCUAUGUUAGAAUUUUAACACAUAUUUCUAUUAACAUGAUAA